CUUGCGGCCUGGGCUGCAGCCCCGGCUCCCAGCCGGAGGGCUGAGUGGGGGGCCUGGGGAAGGGCGCCCCGCCCAGCGGCGCAUCCGGCCCCGCCUCCUCCUGGAAAGACUAUUUAGCUCUGGAGGUGCCGAGGCUCAGCGCAAGCAGAGUCCUGGACAGUCGGACGCGAGUCGGCCCUCCCCGGACUCAGAAGGCUCGCCACGGUGCGGCAGCAGCGCGGCCCCAGGCCAGGGCCGCCCGCGCACCUGUCUGCUCCCCGCCGGGUCCAGCUGUCGCCAUGGCCCGGCUCCUGGCGGUCAGUCUUGGCUGCAUCCUCCUCCUCUACCUGUCGCUCCCCGGCACAAUGUCCCGCCGCCAAGGCGGAAGCCGGCGGCUUGCCCUGCCCCGGGAGCCCCCAGUCAGGACCCCUUCCAGUGGCCUGCAGCCCCAGCUCCCUGCACCCCGGCCUGUGGUCUGGAAGCCACGCCAGGCUCUCCAGCCACAGUGGAACGCAAGCCUGGCCACCGCUAUGGGUCAGCCUGUCCGGAAUGGCCCCCGCCGACGCUUGGGCCCCCUCAGGCCCAGAGCCCAGUUCCUGCGGGCUGGCUGUGUGCUCGGCACCUGCCAGGUACAGAACCUCAGCCACCGCCUAUGGCAGCUCAUUGCAUCGGCCGGCCCACGGGACUCAUCCCCCAUGGACCCCAGCAGCCCCCACAGCUAUGGCUAAGGUAGGACAGGCUAUGGCCCUGCCUGUCCCAGCCAGGUUCCACACCCCAACUGCAGAGCUACAGCUGAGCCCCCGGCCCAGCUCCCCAGAACUCCUGUAGGCAGCAGCAACUCCAACAGUGGCACGGGCCCCUGAGGAGACCCCCACCCCACCCAAUACCCACCAGCUCCUGCAGCAACCAACUUUGAACGGCUUUGGACACAUAAACCCAUAUGCAGGUAUAGUCCUGGGCUGGUCUGCAGGCAGAGUCCAUGUGCCCAAGAGGGUGGGACACAUUGGGAGUGUGCAAACUUGGGGCAGGGAGAAGUAGGGGUGGCCAGCAGCACUAGAUGCCAAAAAGGGCUUCAGAGGGAAGGGGUCUGGUGGGGCCGAAGUCAGGGUCCUGAACACCCAGGGCCACCUCUGGGCAAGCAGGUCAGAGGAGCUGAGUUUGCCCAAGCCAGCCCCUCCCUGCUCGUCCUAACAUCGGCACAGAUUAAGUCUUGGCUCUGGGCAUGCACGUUGGCCUGCCCCCGUCCUCCACCAAGACUGGGAGGGCAGUAGGGAGGAGGACUGCACUGUGGUCCCCGGAGCCAGGUGAGGGAGGACAGGCCAUGCUGGGAACUGCGCUGCUCCAGCUGCCACCUCUGGAGUCUGGGCCCCUGGUCAUAAAUGGAGACUCCUGCCCCAUCCCUGUGGGCGGCUGGGGAGGAGGGGGAGGGUUUCAAGAGCCACACAGGGCAGUCGGAGCACAGCAAGGUACCCCUUCCCAUUGCCCACAGCGAGGCAGGACUGGCAUGGGAACCAGAUCUCCCUGCCCAAAUGGCUCAAUUAAAUCAGAACCACCAUCACCUGGGGGGAGUUGCCAAAUGAGGGUGGGGGUCCCACAGGCAACACAAACUCCCUGACCCCCACACUGCCCAGUGGGACCAGGUGUGGGAACACUUGGAGGCUGGAGCAGGCUUGCCCAUAACCUGGGGUGGGGGCACUGGCCUAAAAAGAUCAGAACAAGGCACAGCUUGUGUGAUUUCCUUGGUGUGUGUCCCUCCAGGUGGGGCCUGUUGUUAGUUCCCCAAGUACUGACACUCCACGCAUCUCAGGUAUGACUCUGGGUUCAGAAAGGUGGUUUCUUUUAUUUAGCAUCACUCAUGCAGCACUUAUUUUGUCAGUUAUUUUCCCGCAUCACCCUCUCAGCCAACCUGUAAGGGGCACUAUUGUUAUCCCAACUCUAGGGGCAGAAACUGCAGCUACAGAGGCCGGGGAUGAGCCCAUGGUCACUGCAGCCCACCCACAGAGCGCCAGCUCUGGGUCACCGCAGGCCUGCCCCUCAGACCCCCGAACCCCCCCAAGGAUAGGAAGCUCCUGGAAGUGCCUCCAGGACUCCCAUCCCUGUGCUUGUUCUUCCAGCUCAGGGCUCACCUGGCCAGGUAAGGCACCUUCCCUCUACUAGGCCCUGUGGGAACAGUUCAGGCUGGUCCACGCUCUGCUGGGGACCUCCGUACACAGGGAGAUGAACUGAGGACGACAGGGUCCCCGGGGAAAGAAGCUGUGAGCCCAGGCCCCAAGCCCACAGGAGGUGUUGGAGUGGCUGGGGGAGGCAGCCCGAAAGCAGCGAAAUGUGGCUGGAACCCGUGGGCUGGGCCUCACAGCUGUGUGCUGUGGUCACUGAAGGGUGUCGGCAGAGCAGGCAGGGAGGGCAUGUAGUGCGGACAGGGUGACGGGACCGGAGAAUGAGGAAGAGAAAGGGGCCGCGUCGGCAGAGUCAGGAGCUCAGCUCUGCCGAGACGCUCCCAGGCUUCUGGCCCUGGGGCAAAGUCCUGGGCUUGCGUGUGGUCUGGGCGGCCGAGGAUGUCCUGUCUGCCAGGAACACUGCCCCCAAUGCACUCUCCUCGCAGUAACAGGCUGCCAGGCCCCCAGCAUCGCCUCUCGUGUCCUCGCCAAGGCCUUGGGCUGCUUUUCCUUCAGGUGGAUGGACUGUUGACCUUACCACAUCUCAUCACUGUGCCAUCGCAUCAGGUCACCGGCCAGGGUCCAAACAUCACCCCUCGUGUCCACUGGCCCCUGAGCUUCAGGCCCUGUCCCAGCCACCUACCUGACGCCCCGUUGGAGGUUUGAGGGCAGCACGCAAGCUCCUGAAGCCCCCACAGCCUCCACUGCUUCCCCACUGCUCCUGCUUUGGCCAAACUCUCCUGUUCACCUAAAAAUAAAAGUCCUU